AUGAACACUCCUCCCAUGGGCGCAGAGAAACUGACGCCCAAGAUGUCUCCUACAAUGCUGCAUUUGGAUGACAGUUUGGCACCCCUUGCAAACCCGUCCUUCAUGUAUUUAGACGAAAGCAAGUCAAACUAUCCUGCAAUGUACCGCACAUCACUCUCGAAGCUAACCGAACGAGGGCGCUCGGGCCGGGGACGAACGGUUGAGGCCAAGACGCCAACGAAGCUACUGCGCUCUAAUUCGCCGAUUCGUGCGAUGCUCAACAAUCCGCCUAAGAUGCUAAAACCUGAGUACAUUGGCAUCUCCAAGCUCUUAAAUAAUAACAACAGCUCCCGGGUGGGGUCAGCAGUUACGCCUUCGAUGAUCUUGACAUCCUCCAAGCUGAAUUUCGGAAAUACGAAGAAGGCAUCCUCUGAAGAGGUAAGGCAGCCGACGCAAACACAAGAAGCCAAAAAGCAAGUAGUGGCGCCGCCGCCAACACCAACGCCAGUACCGCAAACAGAAGAGCCUGCAUUGCCACAAGCCACAACAGCGUCACAGCAAAUGCCGCCGCCAUCCGCGCAACCAAGAACACAGAAACAUCCUGAGCCUGCAGUACAUUCGCAUCACGGCGAAAAAGUACCACAGCCAAAACAAAGGCACCAUAGCCAGAUGCUGUCACACAAGGAUUCCCGCGGGAGCAAGCACGCCAGAGGGCUUUCGAGCACAAGCACGGCUAUAAGCGGUUCGACUGCAUGCGAACUGCGCACCGAACACGCAGCAGCUCUGCCCACGCCCGGUUCGGUUGAGGAAAUUGCAACCAAGACACCCGGCUACAGAUUCCCAUCCACCACUUCCACCGCCUCCUCGAGCUCCACGUUCGAUCUGAAAGAGUUCCCAGAGGCGCUCAACCUAAACUUCGAAGUUCCCAACGACAAAGAAGAGUUUGUUCUGGCAACACAGAGCAAAAGAAGCAGUUAUAUCUCGAGCAUUGGCUCCGCCAACGAGGACGAUCUAAAUGGUUGGUUCGCACAGUACGCAGAGGAUAGACAAGUUUCCACCCUGAGCAUGGGCGACGCCCAGAAAGAAAAGGCGCUUCAAACGGAGCACUUUUCGCUGCGCGUGAAGCAGCUCGAGCUUCAGAUAGCCGAGCUGCGCCUACAAAACGAAGAAAUGAGACACAACAUAACGGCACACCGUACCAUCCAGGACCGAUGCAUGUUCGAAGCGCUGCACGAUGUGCAGCGGGAGAAGGAGAACACUUACAAGGAGAUGGACCGCAAGAUGAAGCAGCUGGAGAAGCAGAUAAAUAACUACAGAAAAGUUAUCCAGAAACUAACGAAUUCCACAAAGACUGCACCAGUCUCGAAACCACGAAUUCCGAUGUUGGAUGCCCUGGCGCUGGACGAGAUAUCCGAAACGAGGUCUAGCGAUGGCGAGGAGGACGAACAUGUCGAUGAUGCUACAAUAAUAUCGGAACUGAAUCCUGACGAACGUAGCGCAUCGGCGUCACAGUCGCCACGCAAAAGACCUGCGGGUUUUAAUUUAAGUUUGACUUUCGAAAAGUAA